AUGUCGGGUAGAACAACGCCGACAAACUACAAGUUGGAGUCGUCCGAUGAAAGCAUCCUCGUCGCCUCCACCUUCGGAGCACAGCGCGCCGACAACAAGAUUCAGGCUUGCGGCACCGUGGUAGCAUCCACUUUCCCCAGUUUCCCCGGUCAUGGCAAGAACCCCAGAGAGUCUGACGUGGGUCGCUACAAAGGUCUCGUUCACGAGCCAUACAUCUUCUUUCUCGCAUGUUUUGCAAGCAUUGGUGGUGUGUUAUUUGGUUACGACCAAGGCGUAAUCAGUGGCGUUCUCGUGAUGAAUAAUUUUGCCAAACAAUUUCCAACGCUCUCCGAAGAUGCGACUCUCCAAGGGUGGAUGGUGGCAGUACUCACACUGGGAGCAAUGGUUGGCGCAUUGGUUAAUGGCCCAAUUGCUGACGCCCUGUCUCGUCGCUGGACUAUUCUCCUGGCCAACAUCAUCUUCCUCAUCGGCUCGAUCAUCCAAGCUGCGUCGAUCAACAUUCCCAUGAUAUUUAUCGGCCGCUUCAUUGCCGGGUUGUCGAUCGGCCAGUUGUCCAUGGUUGUUCCCCUAUACCUGAGUGAGCUCGCGCCGCCAAACCUUCGAGGAAGUCUGGUCGCGCUUCAGCAGCUUGGCAUUACAGUGGGAAUCAUGAUUGCUUUUUGGCUAGAUUACGGGACCCAGCAUAUCGGAGAUCGCGAGGAGGAUGCGCUUGCCACCCUUGUCCGCAUCCGGCGUGUCCCCCCAACAGAUGCUCGGCUUAAGCUCGAGUUGACAGAGAUCAAGGUCGCAGCCCGAUUUGACAUCGAGACAACCGCCGAGUUGUUUCCUGGCGUCACUUCACGCCUGAAACUCACGUUGGAGAGAUACAAGUCGCUAUUCGUUGUUCGCCAUCUCAAUCGUCGCUUGGUGAUUGCCUGCCUCCUUCAACUCAUACAACAAUUUACCGGCAUCAACGCUAUCAUCUAUUAUUCGCCGACAAUCUUCCGGAACAUAGGACUCUCAGACAACUCCAUAGAUCUACUAGCAACUGGUGUCGUUGGGGUCAUUAACUUCUUCUCCACCAUCCCCGCCAUCAUGUUCAUGGACAGAUUGGGGCGGAAGAAAGUCCUCCUCAUCGGCGGAGUUGGCAUGGGGGUUUCCCAACUCAUUGUUGGAACUCUUUAUGCUGUCUACAAAGACAGCUGGGCAAGCAAUAAGUCAGCUGGGUGGGCUGCUGCGUUCUUUAUAUGGGCCUACAUCGCCAAUUUUGCUUUCAGCAUCGGAUGCGUCAACUGGAUUGUGCCUUCGGAGAUCUUCCCGCCUGGAGUCCGAUCCCAAGCGGUUGGUCUUGCGAUUGGAACCAAUUGGCUGAGCAACUUCAUCGUUGCUCUCAUCACUCCCCGAAUGCUCGAGGCGAUCACAUUCGGCACAUUCUACUUCUUCCUGGCGUUCUGUGUAAUUCUCAUUGUAUGGGUCUACUUCUUCGUUCCCGAAACCAAGGGAGUUCGGAUCGAAGAGAUGGACAAGCUUUUUGGUGGUAAUCAAGGAGAGGCGGACAUGACCAGAAUGGCAAUUAUCAGGCAACAGUUGGGAUUGAUUCAAGGGGAUGAGUUGACGAAAGAAGUUAGUAUGGGAGUGAGCGAGGUGGAAAAGGCAUGA